AUGUCGUCCCAGCAAGCCGACGCCCCGAAGCCGGCGGCCGACGCUGCCUCGGCCGAACAGCAGAGCCUGCCUUCGCGGCCGGCCAAGCAACCCAAAGAGAAGGCUGCCAAGGGUGGAAAGAAGGAGAGCCUCGAGCUGCCUACCCUCCCCGAAUUCAUCAAGCACCGUGUCGACCUCUUUGACAAGAUCAAGGCGAGGAACGACGCCGAGCUUGCCGCCAAGCCCCGCGAGGAGAUCACCAUCUCGCUCCCCAACGGCAAGGAAGACAAGGGCACUGCAUGGGAGACCACGCCCGGGUCCGUCGCCAGGGGCAUCUCCAAGUCUCUGUUCGAGCGCACCAUCAUCUCCCUCGUCGACGGCGAGCUGUGGGACCUCGUCCGGCCGCUUGAGAAGAGCUGCAAGCUCGAGUUCCUCGACUUCGAGCACCCGGAGGGAAAGAAGGUCUUCUGGCACUCGUCUGCUCAUGUCCUGGGCGAGGCCUGCGAGAAGCGCUUCGGCUGCUACCUGUGCAACGGCCCCCCCACCGAGGACCCCCCCGGUUUCUACUACGACAUGGCCAACAUGGACGGCAGAGUCAUCGCCGAAGAGGACAAGAAGGCUCUGGAGAGCCUGUCCAGCUCCAUCAUCAAGGAGAGGCAGCCGUUUGAGCGUCUGGAGAUGACCAAGGAGGAGCUGGUCGAGAUGUUCCGCUACAGCAAGUACAAGCUCCACUUCAUCAACCAGCGCGUCCCCGAGGGCACCAAGAGCACCGUGUACCGCUGCGGUCCCCUGAUCGACCUGUGCCGCGGCCCCCACGUGCCGCACACGGGCAACAUCAAGGCCUUCUCCGUCCUCAGAAACUCGGCCGCCUACUGGCUAGGCAACAGCGACAACGAGUCGGUCCAGCGAAUCUCGGGUAUCUCGUUCCCCGACAAGAAGGCCCUGGACGAGUACAAGACGUUCCUCGCCGAGGCGGCCAAGCGCAACCACCGAAAGAUUGGGCAGGACCAGAAGCUCUUCUUCUUCGACGAGGUGUCGCCGGGAUCUACCUUCUGGCUCCCCCACGGCACCCGCAUCUACGGCUCGCUCAUGACGCUGAUGCAGGAGCAGUACCGCAAGCGCGGCUUCCAGGAGGUCAUGUCGCCCAACAUGUACAAGUCGGACCUGUGGAAGACGUCGGGCCACUGGGGUCACUACGCCGAGAACAUGUUCACGUUCGAGGUGGAGAAGGAGACGUUUGGGCUCAAGCCCAUGAACUGCCCCGGCCACUGCAAGAUCUUCUCCCACUCGGACGUGACGUACAAGGACCUCCCCUGGAGGAUGGCCGACUUUGGCGUCCUCCACCGGAACGAGUUCUCCGGCGCCCUGUCGGGUCUCACGCGCGUGCGCCGCUUCCAGCAGGACGACGCCCACAUCUUCUGCACGGUCGAUCAGAUCGCGGAGGAGAUCGGGGGAGCGUUCGACUUCCUGUACUCGGUCUACGGCCUGUUCGGCUUCACCUUCAAGCUGAAGCUGUCGACGCGUCCGGAGAAGUACAUUGGCGACAUCGGCAUCUGGAACAUGGCCGAGGACAAGCUCCGCCAGGCCCUGGACGGCUUCGUCCAGAAGAUCGGCUCCAAGUGGGAGGAGAACCCGGGAGACGGCGCCUUCUACGGCCCCAAGAUCGACAUCACCGUCUACGACGCCCUGAGGCGCGAGUUCCAGUGCGGAACCAUCCAGCUGGACUUCAACCUGCCCCAGCGCUUCAAGCUCCGCUACGUCGCCGGCAAGGACGAGAAGCUGCCCGAGACGGCGGCCAAGGACCCCGACCUGCCCCAGGGGUACGGCCGUCCCGUCAUGAUCCACCGAGCCGUCCUGGGCAGCUUCGAGCGCAUGAUCGGCAUCCUCACCGAGCACUUUGGCGGCAAGUGGCCCUUUUGGCUCAGCCCCCGCCAGAUCCUGGUCGUGCCCGUCAUGCCCAAGCUCAACGACUACGCCAAGGAGAUCCAGUCCAUCUUCCACGAGAAGGGCCUGUACAUUGACAUUGACACCAGCUCGAACACUUUCCAGAAGAAGAUCCGUACCGGUCAGCUGGAACAGUACAACUUCAUAUUUGUGGUCGGUGGUGAGGAGCAAGAGUCUCGCACCGUCAACAUCCGUAACCGCGACGACCAGGCCACGCAGAACAAGGGGGAGCUGGUUCCCCUCCAGGAUGCCCUGGAUAAGCUGUUGAAGCUCAAGGAAGAGAGGAGGCUAGAGAACAAGCUCUAG